GUAACGACGCGUAAGAAAGAGAAAACACAGAUAAGUGGACACUGAGUCCCCAGAUAGUCCCCAGAUAGAAGCUUGCUCGCCAGUCGCCCUGGCCCCGCAACAAGAUCUUACGAAGAGAAUAAGAUCUUACAAGAGAACAUCAGCGAAAGACCCGAGAGUCCUGACACCCAGAUACGCAGUGCCACAGUGGCUCCGAGCAAUGUUGGAACUACAACAACAACAGAUAGCAGACAUGCACGCGACUCAACAACUCCAAUAUGAAGAGAUCCAACAAUUAACCCACGCAAUUCCAACAUCUACAGAAUCGAAUACAAAAGCGCUGAAAGAACACUUAGGUGCUCCUGCAUAUUUCAAUGCUUCUGACCUCACUCUCUACUCAUCAUGGAGGAUGGAAAUGCUCGCGAAACUGAGUGUAGAUGAAGAUUCCAUCAGUUCAUUAACCAAUCAAGUGUUGCGAACAUCUGACAACAUCAUGAGACAUCUUGAUAUCCUAUUCCAAGACACUGCCAUGCAACAGAAAGCAUUAGAUUGGUUACAGAGCAUCUGA